AUUUGAUAAAAAUGGUGCAGAACGGACGGUUGACUGGCUCCGGCUUUGGCUUUGGCUUUGGCUUGACUUUCGCUUUCUUCAUGAUCCAUUCCCCUUGAUCGCCGACCACCUCUCGUCGCCGUCGCUCAAGGUAUCAUGGGUGUGAAGAUAGGAUUCCUGUUUCUUCUUGUUUUGAGUGGUCUUGCAGCCCUCGAUGCUAGGCAACUACCGCAGCAAUCUUGAAGCUAUCCAGUACCACAUGCUGGAAAAGGGAAGUUCAACGAAUGGAUAUAUGUGCGAGUGGUGCGAGGAGUACGCCGAAUUGGCACUCAAAUAUCUGGCUGAGAAUAAAACUCAAUCUGAAAUAGUUGAACUUCUUCACUUGACCUGCUCCCAAGUUCCGGUUUUCAAGGCAGAGUGCGUUGUUCUAGUGGAUUACUAUGCUCCAAUCUUCUUCCUAGAGCUUUCUACAAUUCAACCUGAAGAGCUCUGCAAGGAUAUCUCCGCCUGCAAAUUAGCGGCAAGAGUUUCUCCAAAGCUUAAGGAAGAUAGCUGUGAAUUUUGCCAUGAUGCUGUUUCACAAGUCUUGGAUAAGUUGAAAGACCCUGAUACACAGAUGGACAUAAUUGAACUACUCCUGAAGGCUUGUGAUUCCCUUCAGAGCUACGAGGACAAGUGUAAGAAGAUGGUCUUUGAGUACGGGCCACUAAUUCUUGGCAACAUGGAACAAAUUCUGGAGGGAGCUGAUGUUUGCAGUUUGUUGCAUUUGUGCACCGCCACCGAAAUCAAAAGUGAAGAAUCAGUACCCACCAAGGAGAUGCCGUUACUAUCCGACUCUUGAAGCAUCGUCAUGCAGGAUGCAUAGUUCAUUUAUGUCCUAAAAUGUCUGUUUCACUCGCCAUCGAUACGUACGAUCACAACCCUACACUAGUGUCAUUACUCGUGACCGGAUAGAGCUGGAAAUGAAACCCUAAAAGGACCGAUGCAUGCCAGAUGGACAUUGGAACGUGUUGUCUGGUGGCGUUGGUUAAUGGUUGCUGCGAUCACUAGUGCUGUAACACCUAGCAUCGUCGAAGUUCUACUUUUGUUUACUUACUAUGUUUGUCAUACAAUAGCCGUAUCUGUCGGACAAAAGAACCUCGAUGGAACUACUUACAUUAUGGUUAGCCAUUGCUGCUAUGUGUGCGCGUUUGUUUGUAUAUAUAUAGUGGUCAGUUUGUGUUCCCUUA